UUUCUCUACAGCUUUACAACUCUUUCUCUAUCCGUGUCUCCUCCAGGACUCAAUUUCCUGCAUCUCAGCGCAGCGGCACAUAAAACUUUUCAAGGUGCUUUUUCCACAUCUCAUAGGGGACUUGAACUGAUCUGUCACCAUGGAGGCCAUCAAGAAGAAGAUGCAGAUGCUGAAACUGGACAAGGAGAACGCCAUUGACCGGGCCGAGCAGGCGGAAACGGACAAGAAGGCGGCGGAGGACAAAUGCAAACAGCUGGAAGAUGAGCUGCUGGACCUCCAGAAGAAGCUGAAGCAGACAGAAGAUGAACUGGACAAAUUCUCUGAGGGCCUAAAAGAUGCUCAGGAAAAACUGGAACUGUCUGAGAAAAAAGCUGCAGAUGCAGAGGGUGAUGUAGCAGCUCUUAACCGUAGGAUCCAGCUGGUGGAGGAGGAGUUGGACCGAGCCCAGGAGAGACUGGCCACAGCGUUGCAGAAGCUUGAGGAGGCAGAAAAAGCUGCAGAUGAAAGCGAAAGAGGGAUGAAAGUGAUUGAGAACAGAGCAAUGAAGGAUGAGGAGAAGAUGGAGAUCCAGGAGAUGCAGCUGAAGGAGGCCAAACACAUUGCAGAGGAAGCCGAUCGUAAAUAUGAGGAGGUGGCUCGUAAGCUGGUAAUCUUGGAGGGAGAGCUGGAGAGAGCUGAGGAGAGGGCCGAAGUCUCCGAAGGUAAAGCCAGUGACCUGGAGGAGGAGCUGAAAAAUGUGACCAACAACCUGAAGUCCUUAGAAGCCCAGGCUGAGAAGUACUCAGAAAAAGAGGACAAGUAUGAGGAAGAGAUCAAAGUUCUGACUGACAAACUGAAGGAGGCUGAAACCCGAGCAGAGUUUGCUGAGAGAACAGUGGCCAAACUGGAAAAAACUAUCGACGACCUGGAAGAAAAAUUAUCACACGCCAAGGAGGAGAAUUUGGGCAUGCACCAAGUCCUGGACCAGACCCUGCAGGAACUGAACAGCUUAUAAACACACGGAGGAAGAGGAUGAGACUGUCUUUAACAUUCCACUAAACGUUCAACUCCAUUCCGCAUUUUGAGCUGUAAAGUCUUUUACUCCCCACUUAAAAGGGGGAGAGAUUAACUUAAUGCAUGUCCCUUGGUGUUCGUUUUUUUUGUUUGUUUGUUUUUUAUUCUUUUGAAAGACGAAAUCAUUUGGAAUCCAUCACUCGAUCUUCACUUGUGAUCACAAAAGUUACAUCCAGAAGAAAGUUUUGAUCACGUGUUUGGAAAUAAUUGGCAGUUAAUUAAUCCAAAUAAGCUUCAUAUUGACCAUAAAUCACUGAAACGUGCGUAAUUUGACAUUAUCUCCUGCAAGACAGAUUACAGGUGAUAACAGGUUUCACUUAGGCUGCAUUAGUAGUUAUGUUCUGUCUUGUGGUGAUACGAAGUCACUCAACACUUUCUUCCACUUUUAUCUUCUUUACAUCCUUAUGGUUGGUGCCCGUUUCAGCUUCUAAAUUUAUUUGGGUUUAAACAGUGCAGUGGCCUGAUGGAAAGGUUGGAGUCAAACACACUAUAGGGGCACAUGUUGCUCAUUUAUACCCAUUUGUACUUAAAUAGAAAUGAAUGACUCUCUAGCCCAACUUUGACGAGCGUGUGGCUGUCAUGUUGAUAUUUACAGUGCAACUUUCAUUUUUGAGGAUCUUUGGAGCCCAAACAGCCUUUCCUUCAGCUUGACAGGACCACUAACUGUACCAUUGCCAACAAUAUGCCAAAUUUGAGUCAAUAUGUGCCACAAUAUAGCAAGUGUUUGCCAAAAUUUGUUGUAAUGCCUGUGCGAGCUUCAGCCCAAACCACUGGGGCUCAGUCAUCAUGAAUGCUUAUUGUAAAUAUAGUAGAAGAAAGUUGGAUAUGUAAUGAAGUUGCAUUUCUUGGAUUUUUCUUUACCCCGUUUACACUUUUAUUUUUCUCCAGGGGAAAUCUCAAAACCAAAGAUCGCAUGACUAAAUUGUUUUUAAGUCUUGUUUUAUUGUGGUCUCAGGAUCAGGACCUCAGAGGCUGCUUCACAUUUGAUUGAGACUCUGUUAAUAGUACUUUCAGCACCCCCUCCAUGUCUACACAAUAAAUGUUUUGCAGAAA